AUGAGGUCGGUGUCUGACCCAGUGGAGAGCGUACACACCGUGGCACACGACCCGAGCUACAGCACGCGAGUAAAGACGAGCAACGUGAUCAAGCUCUUGCUCAUCGGAGAUGCCAGCGUAGGGAAGUCGUCACUCAUAAUCAGCUACUGCGAUGACAUCUUCCUGGAGAACAGUACGAAGACCACGGUUGGCGUGGAUCUCAAGGUGAAGGUGGUGAAUGUCGACGGGAGCUUCUUCAAAACGGUUAUAUGGGACACUGCAGGACAGGAGAGAUACCGUAACGUUAUACCGUCGUUGUACAAGGGAACCAACGGGGUGAUGUUGACGUACGACGUUACAGACCCGAAGUCCUUCUUGGGGCUAUACCACUGGAUUCAGGAGUGUUAUGAGAACUGCGACACUUCGAGGACGGUGUUCUAUUUGGUUGGCAAUAAGCUGGACCAGGAGAACAAGGCCGUAUGUAAAGACGACGUCAAGAAGCUCUUGACGUUUGUCAAGGAGAAGUACCCGGGCUUCAAGAUCAACGCAGCCUUCGAGGUGAGUGCCAAAUACUCGUCGCUGGUUUAUGGGCUGUUCGACACAGUGAUAAAGGACCUCGUGGAAAACAGAUGCUAUUUUGACGAACAACGGCUGCGAAAUAAGAGAAGCAUCGACUUAUCAACCACGAGAGAUGAUCUGACCAGGAAGAACUCAUGUUGCUCAUAUUGA